UCAAGGAAACAACAUCGACAUUAAGUGCGAACAAGAUGAACACCUUUACACGUAAGCUGGUUGUAGGCGGAGGAGCUGCCGUUGGUCUCGGCAUGUGCUACGCUAUGCUGAGAUCGCCUUCUUUGGGAGGGAAAAAAGGUAGAGCUGGAGUGAAAAAAGCAUAUCAGCAGUUUGAUUCCAUGAUGGAUUAUCCUGAUUUGAGCAAACACAACAACUGCCUAGCCAAUCAUCUUACGCCAUCAAUGUACAAAGAACUGAGGGACAAAACUACUGCAACAGGAUUUACACUUGACCAAGCCAUUCAAACUGGAGUGGACAACCCAGGGCAUCCAUUUAUCACCACCGUGGGUGUCGUAGCUGGAGACGAAGAAUCGUACACUACAUUUGCUGAUUUAUUCGAUCCGAUCAUAAACGAGCGACACAACGGAUUUGGUAAAAAUGACAAACAUGCUACCGAUCUGGACGCGUCAAAAAUUCGGGGUGGAAUCUUUGAUGAAAAAUACGUCCUUUCAAGCCGUGUCCGAACUGGAAGAUGUAUUAAAGGCCAUUCAUUGCCACCACAUUGCACACGUGCUGAACGAAGAAGUGUAGAACACAUCCUUGUCAAUGCUUUGGAUUCUUUGGAAGGCGAUUUAUCUGGUAAAUACUAUCCAUUGAAUGGUAUGACAGAAGCAGAACAACAACAGUUGAUUGAUGACCACUUUUUGUUUGACAAGCCUGUGUCUCCCUUGCUUACAUGCGCGGGAAUGGCGAGAGACUGGCCAGAUGCACGAGGUAUCUGGCAUAAUCAAGACAAAAACUUUUUAAUUUGGGUAAACGAGGAAGAUCAUUCGAGAAUUAUUUCUAUGGAGAAAGGAGGUAACAUGAGAAAGGUUUUCGAGAGAUUUUGUCGUGGCUUGAAAGAUGUUGAAGAACAUAUUAAAGCAGAUGGGCACAGCUUUAUGUGGGAUAAAAGACUUGGGUACAUACUGACGUGUCCUUCAAACCUAGGAACUGGUUUGCGAGCAGGUGUCCAUGUGAAACUGCCUCAUCUUGCCAAGGACAGCCGUUUUGAUAAAAUCCUUGAAUCGUUUCGAUUGCAGAAGCGAGGAACAGGUGGAGUAGACACAGCCGCUGUGGGUGGUACGUUUGAUAUUUCGAACUUGGAUCGACUUGGAUACUCUGAGGUUGAACUCGUGCAGAAAGUUAUUGAUGGUGUGAACAGCCUUAUCGCUAUGGAAAAGUGUUUGGAACAAGGGAAAAAAAUGGAUCAUUUUCUUCCACCGAACAUAUAAAACAUUAAACUGAAAAAAAAAUCAAUUGAAAUUUUUUAUCUUACCCAACCUCUUCUACAUAGUAGAUAACUUUCGAACUUCUUCAUGAAACCUUUUAUUUAUUCACUGUAAAUUAAAGAAAAUUAAACGUGAGGAAUAAUCGAGAAUAAAGAAGUACAGCAGAAUAUCUUUCAGGAAAGACAGAGAAAGUAACUUAUUGGAAUAUCAUGGUGUGCUAUUUAGAACUAGUCUAUCCAAAAAAUUGAAACUAUGUUCCCUGGUUUUUCCUCAAUUCCUUUUUUUAAUUAAAACUAUUUGUUAAAAUAUCAAACUUUCCGUGUCAAACAAAAUUAAGAAAAAGACUACAAUAGAAACAAUAUUAACAUUAAAUAUUUACAUUUGUAAAUUUCUCAUAUAACGACAACAUAUUAAAAGCAUGCAAACGAAACUUCACUUGCGUCCACGCAGAGACAAUUUCAAACU